AUGAAUAGCCCCAGCGAUUUUGCGGACCCUUCACCCAUCGCGACCUCCUCUACCGGCACCGAUACCACCGAUAUAGACGAUGUGGUCCAAGAGCAAGAGCAAGAGUCGACCCAAGAGCCAGAGCCAGCGCAAAGCAUUACACCAGGGGCUCCCAAACCUGCCAGACCAGGCCUGGGGCUCGAGACUAAAAUGGCAGCAAAGCAAGCCCAAAAGCCGCGAUCUGAUGAAGACGAGGAGCCAAGCUCCGUAAUACAUGCCCCAACUGGCUUUGAGGCAUUUAAACGAGCAACGCCGAAGUCGCCACCUCUUAUCCGCCGGACCACUCCCACCGCUCAACAGCGAUCAGAAAUCAUCGUUUCUCCUCCAGAAGAUGAGAAAGAGAAGGAAAGCCGACCACCUCGGCCUACUACAUGGCCUAAUGCUGAGUCUUCCGAGGCUUCAAGUUCUCCUCCGCCGAUACAGACAACCAUACCCCCUGCGAGAGAUUGGUCGGCGACGCCGCGCGCUCAAUCGAGGGCUGAGAUGGAGCUCUCUCCGGACGAAGACAAGAAGAGACCUGUUUCACGGUCAAGCUCACGAGCCAGCAACUUAGCAGGUGCGCUGAUCAUACUUGGUGUCAGAAUCGUGCUAACAACGUCAGAUAUUCCUGAAAAUGGUGAAGACAACCAACGAACACCAAACCCCAGCAGCUCGCUGUUUGAAGAUACGGUAGAACGACUUCAAGAGCAAAAUGACGAAGUGGCAGCCCUAAAUGUCGCACUGAAAGAGUGCUGGACUCUUUGUAACACUUUGGCUGGCCUGAGCUACGUGCAUCGUGAAAGAAUAUUCAGCUUCUCAGGGAAGGGAGAUCGACAACAGCAGGCCUGGAAGUCAUGUUGGAAGCUCUGCCAGAAGCUUUACGAUACUAGAGAUGAGGAGUCUACUGUACGGCCAACGCUUGACUUGUGCCGCGAAUUCUGCCAAUGCUUAUUCGACAUCCGACGAAGAGACAAUGAAGCGGCCGAUUCAGUCUUGCGUGUCAGUUUCGAGAUGAACAACCAUCUCUAUAAUACACACGACCGGACUUUACCUGAAGCUUUCCGAGAAAGAACUCUUGACUUCUACAUCACACUCUGCCAUCGUCUUAUGAAACAACGUACGGAGAUGGCACAGGAAACAGAUCUGUUGCUCGGCGCUUGCUGGUCACUGGCAGAGAUGCUGUUCAGUCUGCGGCAGAAUAAACGAGAUGGUAAGCCUGCAGACGAAGAGCUGCUUGGCUCUGCCAUCCAGGCAUGCUGGGAACUAUGUGAUCUUUUCCGUGAAGGCUGGACCCAGAUCCGGCCCGAUCGUGGGACGCCUAGGCCAAGUCAGACCACAUUUACGCAAGCUUUCCAACAAGCGAAGCAGAGUCAAGCGCACUCAACCGCGUCCUACACCACGGUGCCAGAAUACGAGGAUUCGGAAGACGAGGGCUUUAGCAGCCUAAAUCCGGAGACCCCAACCACCAUUUUCGAAGACACAAAUCAGAUAAGCCCCGACGGUGAUGAAGGACCCACUCCCAACAUCCUCGUUCUCGGGCCCAACGACCAAGACACUCCCCAAAAGCGGCCCCCUUACAACUCUUCCACUAGAAAUCUCUCCAGCAGCAACCUCUCACAAAACAACAAGACCGUCACAUCAGCCUCUUCAACCUCCACAAACACAAUAAAAAAUCAUCAAAACACCCUUCUCACCAACGGCACCCCCAGCAAAAUGGCAAUCAAGAAGAAGAUCCCCAUCUGA